CUCUGGUCACCAUAGCAACAAGACGCUAAGUGGGAGGCUUUUCUUGCUAAAAGCACUUUUUAUACAGUGGGCCUUCAUUUGAGAGCGUCUACUUCUAAGCUUCGCCCGCUGACACUAGUGGAAACAGGCGGUUGACGCUAAAAGGUUAGCUACGCAGAGAAAAUGCCUUUGUUAGUGACAGACCACGCAUGGACACAGACACACUCGACGGUUUACAUAAGUGUGCCUUUAAAAGGAGCCAAAGUCGGAAAAGUCGACAUCAUGUCUACAGACGAAUACCUCAAGGUUCAUUACCCACCGUAUCUGUUUGAAGCCUUCCUGUUUCAACCUGUUGAUGACGCCGGAAGCACAGCAAAGAUUGGGGACGGAGUUGUAACAUUCAGUUUGCCAAAGAGAACCCACACGUUGUGGGAGCAUCUGAUGAUAACUACAAAUGAUAAAGAAACAAAGAAAGAGGCCAGAGAAAGGGCUUUGUCGAAAUACCAGGAAAAGCUUUCUUCAGAGCCCAGAUCCAAGGCAAAGAAACAGCAGGCAGAGAGAAAAUAUGCACUGGAGACGAUGAUGAAGCUUGAAAAGGAGGAAAGAGACAGUAUUCAAAGAAUGAAGGACACCGAGCAAGAGAAAACCACAGCGGAGCUAGCAGCAUGGCAACUGAAACAAAACGAAGAAGCAUUGGAAGAAGCCCAACGACAACUGCAAAGUCAAAGAGACAAUCAAAACAAGCUGAAAGCCACGACGGAGAAGCAGGAAAAUGAAUCUGUGGGAAAGGUCAAAUCGAGUCAAAAUGGCAACAAUGAAGCAAAGGGCAAGAAAAAACAAGUGGACCUACCUGCUCCAAGACUUGCUGGAAACAUUCCAGUCACAUUUACCCCACGAGUGUUCCCAACAGCUCUCAGAGAAUCCAGAGUGCCAGAGGAAGAAGAGUGGCUCAGAAAGCAAGCUGAAGCCAGGCGUGCAGUAAAUUCAGACGCUGAAGAGCUGAAGAACUUGAAAGAGAGCGAGCGGAAUACUGACUGGUUGAAAGACAAAGGAGACAAAUGUUUUGCGACUGGGGACUACCUGGGUGCGGUGAAUGCAUACAAUCUGGCUAUCAGGCUCAACAGAAAGAUUCCAGCCUUGUAUUCAAACAGAGCUGCAUGUCAUCUGAAGUUAAGAAACCUUCACAAGGCCAUUGAGGAUUCCUCUCAGGCAAUCGAUCUUUUGACUCCACCGGUUGCUGCCAAUGAGGCUGCCAGGAUCAGAGCUCAUGUCCGCCGAGGAUCUGCUUUCUGCCAGUUACAGCUGUAUGCAGAAGGUGUAACUGUACAGUCAGCUGAUCUGCCUGUAACAUGUUUUAACAGGCCUACAAGACUACCAAGCUGCUCUAAAGAUUGAUCCUUACAAUGAAGCGCUGCAAGCAGACACACAAAGAAUCCGAGACAUUAUCCAAGGCACUGCAGCUGAACCUGAGACAUGAUCAGACACUGAAACUCUACUGUACAAAUUAGGCCUGGGUGAAUAUUGUUUGAAUUAUUUGGAUUGCAUAGUAGUUUAAUAAAUAAUAAUAGAAAACCUAAGUCAAAUAGCAAGUUUAAUCCCCACUCUCUUACUGGAAACCUGAAAAGGUAAGUCAGCUACAUGCCAGAAAACUUUUGAGAGCGUUGUAGGAUGUCUCUGCAGAAUAUGAUGUUGAGUGUAUGAGAGAUAGUAUACACAGAGCACCCCCAUGUGGUCAAAUGUUGCACCUUGAAGUGAAACGCAAAUAGCAGAUGUUGAUUUGAUGUAAGGGAAUGGAUUUAAUUAUUUUCAAAAGUGAAUGUUUAAAUCACACCAUUUUUGGUAUCAGUAUGUGCGAUUACACUGAUUCACUAUAAAAAAGCAGUCAUUUACAACUAUUACCAUCUCUACAAACUUAAAUACGAUUGGCCUUUCCAUAGAAGGUGGGCAUUUUCAAACAAUUUGAAAAUGGACAUUAACGCUGUUGUUUCAUAACAUUCUGUUAAUAGUGUCUGUUAAUGUUUUGUCUUUAUUUAUUCUGAAAUUCUGGCUGUAUCUUUGAAAUUGAACCUAUGAAUAGGAUUUUGAAUACAGGACCGUACUCGUAAUAGAAUAUUUUUACAACAAUGCGUCAGACUUUUACUUCAGGAUAUAAAUGCUUCUUCCACAUAGGGAGACAGGAAUGUUAACAGAUCUAGAUACAAAUGAGCUUGUGCUUUCUACCCUCCUUGUUCAGAGGCAUCACACUGAAUACUCACUAUCCUAACUCUACAGUAUUUUAUGAUGCUGAUUUGAAGGGAUUUGGAAAUUGCUGCUUUUCUUUGUAAAAGCAGACUUUCUGUGAAGGCCUUUUUUGCUGUGAAUCUGAAGUGCAAAUUGAGGUCAACUGAUCAGACCACACACUGGGUCAGGACCCAGUGCUGCUGGGUCAUGGGAAGGCUGGUGAUUCUGGAAAAAACUGGUGAGUUGCUUUUCUGUUUUUUAGAUGUCAUUUCUAACAUGCUGCCUUCUGCUGCGUUCUUGAAUUCCUUUGACAUGACAUAAUAUAGACUCAUAGCUCAAUGCAGGUCGGUAGUCUACAAAACAAAGUACAUCAGUUUCAAAAUAUGGGUCAACAGAAAAGAUUUUUGUCAGUCCACUGAUCUAAGCAGAUCAGAGCUCCAAUCCUGGCAAACAUGUGAGUGUGACUGUGAAGUAGCACUUGAGGACGUCGACCACACACCCUGCCCUCUGUCAGCAGAUACAAUUGAAAUCUGUAAACACCCCGCAAAGCCGCUUUUCUUGUUUUUUCUUCCACCAAUUUUCUGUUUUUACUAAUCUCCUAAUCAGAUGUGCCAAAAGCUUCCCAAAGUAUUACAAAAGGUUGAAAUUUAGCCUCAAAAGAAUGGUAUCAUUAAGAGGCUUUCAUUAGUAGUGGAGCUGCAGUUUGAGUGAAUGAUUCUCUGUGAAUUACUUGUCGAAGCAUUUGAAAAGAUAAACAAUUCUGGCGUGCAAAAACUAGCGAGAGAGCUGAAGUGUUAUUACAAAAGAUUAAUGCAAGUGCUUGGAAUGGAACAAGUACACAGAGACACAUACACACUGCCCUGCUGGGAAUUAGCUGUGGUAUGAAAGAUGUUAUAAUCACAUUUAAUUUUGAUAGGUAUCAGGAGACAGUAAACAAAACUCAAUGCCAAUAUUAUAUUGACAAAUUUGUCUUUCUGCAUGUUUUAUUCCAGCCCUUUGCAACAGCAUUCUGUAGGUGUUUGAGGAUUUGAUUGCAUU